AUGCCCGGCAAUUCCUGUGGAUCUCACCAUCUUGCAAUACGAAAACACGUAUGCCGACUACGAUAUAUAUUACAUCAACUUAAUAGCGGUCAACUUUCGACGGAUGAUUUCAAGAAGAAUCUCGAGUAUGCAGCUUUGCUCUUGGAAACUGAAUACACGGAUGAAAUCAGACGCAUUUGUGAUGAAGAAGAUGAUUUGACAGAUAUUAAACCGGAAGCAGUCUCCGAUGAAGUACGUGAAUGGCUUACAGCAACAUUUACAAAGCGAUCAAUUCAUUCAAAACGUGAAAAACCGAAACUUAAAUCGGUAGCUAAUGCUAUACUGACAGGAAUUUUUUUUGACAAAAUGUUUAGAAAAUCACAAGUACUGCUUAUUUCAACACCGCCAGAAAUCGCUGCGCUGAUGGAGAAUCUGAAUAGUUGGUCAUUUGAUUGCUUCCGAUUAAACGAAGUAUCCGAGGGACAUGCAUUAAAGUAUGUUGGCCUAGAAUUAUUCAAUCGAUAUCGUUUCCUUGAUCGUUACAAGAUCCCAGUGCAAAAACUCGAAAAUUACAUUGGAGCAUUGGAAGUUGGAUACAGUAAACACAACAAUCCAUACCAUAACAUUGUCCAUGCUGCUGAUGUAACUGCCUCAUCACAUUUCAUGAUAUCGCAGACUGGUUUUGCUACAAGCUUGUCAGAUCUUGACGUAUUGGCAGCUAUAUUUGGUGCAAUGAUACAUGAUUAUCAGCACACAGGUCACACAAACAAUUUUCAUAUACAGGCUGGAGAGUUACGUAAUUUGUUGAUCGAAAUUGUCCUUGCAACAGAUAUGUCAAGUCAUUUUGCGCAAAUUAAAACCAUGAAAGCGAUGUUAUCAUCGCCUGAAGGCAUUGAUAAAAUUAAAGCUAUUUGCCUCAUUGUGCAUGCUUGUGAUAUAUCGCAUGCCUCAAAACCAUGGGAAUUGCAUUCUCGAUGGACUGAAGGUGUUCUUGAAGAAUUUUUUCGGCAAGGUGAUCUUGAAGCCAGCAUGGGCCUGCCGUAUUCACCUCUUUGUGACAGAAAUACUGUACAUGUUGCUGAUUCACAAAUUGGAUUUAUUGAUUUUAUUGUUGAACCAACAAUGAUUAUUUGUGGAGAGAUGUUAACGAAGAUAAUUGAGCCAUUGGUACCGUUACAAUCAUCAAAUACUUUUUUGUCGGCUGAGAAUUCCAGUUCAUCAUUACCAAAUAUUGAUAUCACCGAGGAAUCAGAAACAGAAAAUGUAAGGAAUAAUGAAACAAAGAAUUCAUUCCGUUUUUUCCCUUUAAAUCAGGCUGGUAAAUUAGAAAUACCAACUCCGUGGAUAGAAUUCAUGCGUGAGAAUAAAGAUCGAUGGAAAAAGCAGGCUGCUAAAGAGGAGGAUGAGAAAAAGAAAAAUAAUGAAGCAAUCAGCGCCAAAUGA